GUGUGUGUCCCAAUUGAAGUGAAAAGACACUGACAGGAUUAGGGUCGCUCUGUAUAUAAAUUAUAUUUUUUUAAUGUAUAUAUAUAUAUAUAUAUAUAUAUCUCGAAAGGAUUUCAGUGUCAUUGUGUGUUUGCUCUGAUAGAAGCCUAAAAGGCGGAACAUAGUUUGUUGUUGUUUUUGUUGUUGUUGUUGUUGUUAUGGAGCGUGUCCAUUUUACUGAAGAGGAACAACAUUAAUGACUUAAAACUGGAGUUUUAUUCCCCCUCUGGACUUCAUCUUCACCUUGACGGAUUUCUCUGAGGUAGCUGGAGUAUUUCUAAAGCGUGACCAUGUUGGACAACGACAGGUAUGCAGGCAAGAAGAGAAAGAAGCCUGCCCAGAAACAGAAAACGGCUCCUGAUGCCGCCAAGUCCAAUCCAUCGAAGAGGCAUAGGGAUCGCUUAAACGGCGAGCUGGACAGGCUGACCAACAUGUUGCCCUUCCCAGAGAACGUGUGCACUCGAUUGGACAAACUGUCUGUCCUGCGUCUGAGCGUGGGCUACCUGAAAGUGAAGAGCUUCUUCAACGCCACCAUGAGGAAAAACCGUUCGGAGUUUCACGCAGGAAACGGUUUAGACGGCAGCAAAAUGGACGCCAAGGGCUUCUCAGAGGGGGAUCUUCUCCUUCAGGCUCUCAAUGGUUUCGUACUGGUGGUCACUGCAGAAGGUUACGUCUUCUACGCGUCGCCAACCAUUCUGGACUACCUUGGCUUCCAUCAGUCUGAUGUUGUCCACCAGAGUGUGUUUGAGUUCAUCCACAUAGAUGACAGAGCCAUGUUCCGAAGACAGCUGCAUUUCGCCCUCGACCCAAACCUAUUAGAUGUGGAAGCUGACGGUACCCAGAACAGCAGUGACAUCACAAAGAACAUCGUGACCUACGACCCGCAGCACAUCCCACCCGAAAACUCGUCUUUCCUCGAGAGGAGCUUCAUGUGCCGCUUCCGAUGCCUCCUGGACAACUCGUCUGGGUUUCUGAAACUGAACUUUCAAGGAAGGUUGAAGUUUCUGCUUGGGCAGAACAGGAAGGCUGAGGACGGUUCUCUAGUCCAGCCUCAGCUCGCUCUUUUUGCCAUUGCCACUCCUGUUCAGCCGUCGGCUAUCCUGGAGAUCCGUACUAAGACUCUAAUAUUUCAGACCAAGCAUAAGUUGGACUUUACUCCUAUGGGUAUUGACUCCAGGGGGAAAGUUGUGUUGGGUUACACAGAAAUGGAGCUAUGCAUGAGAGGGUCUGGAUAUCAGUUCAUUCAUGCAGCUGAUAUGAUGCACUGUGCCGACAAUCACGUCCGAAUGAUAAAGACCGGCGAGAGCGGAAUGACGGUUUUCCGACUUUUAACCAAGAACGGAGGAUGGGUUUGGGUGCAGGCGAACGCCAGGCUUGUCUACAAAGGAGGACGUCCCGACUUUAUUAUUGCUCGUCAGCGUGCCCUAGUAAAUGCGGAAGGAGAGGAGCACCUGCGCCAGAGGACAAUGCAGGUUCCGUUCAACUUCACCACAGGUGAAGCAGUGCUCUACGACACCGGUCCAACACUUGACAUGAUGAGUCCCGAAGACACGAACGGAGUUAACCAGAAGACCUUGGCUCCGAGCUCGAUCCUUGAUUCGAUGCAGAAACAGGACAAGUCGAUCUAUCAUCAGGACACCAAGCCUCAAUUUACAGCAGACGAUGCCUUUGCGGAUAGCUGGGCUCUUUUCAACGUUCCGAAUCACAUCAUGCAUGAUGAACCUGCGAACGAGGAGGACACCAUCGUGUCCAUGAUUGACACCUUGGAACAGCUGGCUCACGAUGGAGAUCUGUGCACGGCGCUUCAGCAAAUGGAAGUGGACACAGCCGAGCUGAAAGAGUGGGAAAAUGCCAUUUUGAGGCUGACCAAGGACGAUAAUGGUAACGACAGGCCUCUAAGUCUCAAUGAAAUUCUCACCAACGACAUAUUCUCCUAUGUAGAGGACGCCUUAUACAAGGAGAACAAUACAUGUUCCGUGUUGCAGACGAACGCCACCAAAACCGAUCCGUUUGCAGGGCAUUCCGGAUGUGAAUUCGCACAUCACAACUUCAACAGCAUAGGAGCAGACAAAUAUGAUUUAAAGGUUGACAGAAAAUUGAACACUAUCGCCGGGCAACAGAUGGACAGAAUGAUUAGUACAAAUGCUACCAUGGAUAACAAUGUUCCAUUGUAUACAGAAAUAUCUUCCCCGAAUCACAUGAAUAACUCUUUCAACUCGGAGCAAUCUGGCCUGUUCACGUGCGCUAGCAAAAUCUCACAGCUGAUGACCGAAGCUGAGAUGCAUCUGGGUUUAAAAGUGACACAAAGCAUGUACAACGUUGCCCCUCGCAAUGGAUGGGGGCCACCAAGACCCACUGAGAAAGGCAGGACCUCCAAGCUGGAAAGUACAGAAUCCUUCUGCCAGUUUGCAUCUUACCCUGCCAAUAACGCUAGAAAUCCACAAAUGAAUCAUUCACCAAAUCAUAUUCACAAGCUAAGCCAAACAACUCCAAAUCUUUGGAACAAUAUGAGUACAGGAGACCAUAAUCCUUCCUUGUCCCCAUCUACAAAAAACCAUGUCUCGUCUACCAUAAACUACCCAAAUCUCUCGAAAUUCCCCCAGCAAAUAGAGAUCCAAGCUUGGCAAAACCCAUCGCCAGAGCAGCCCUGUGAGAGCCUGGUCAAGAACAGACUUGCACCUGAGGGUUGUUAUCAGAGUUUGGGGAGCUCUGGCUUCCCACCAGCUGAUCUUCAGCCAGAGAGCUCUCAGAACUGCAACGAUAAACACAUCAACUUUGUCAACAGCGUGUACCAGUCGCCGCAGAACGGGCUGACGCUGAACGAGUGUUCGCCUCUCAGCAGCUGCAUGUUCGAGAACCACUCUCCGCUCAACACCAACACGGAUCGGCAGCAUCCACAAGCGCACACCGUAACCAUCACAUCGUGCGGCAAGGCUACGUUACCCAUCAACCAGAGUCCACCGCAGGCAUCCUGUUACUUUCAGUGGACGUGCAAUGAGCCACUAGAGGGCACAGCCUCGAUUCCACAACAGGAUACUUGCAUCAGUCCUCAGUCGUGCCCUACAGGACCUGGCUUUGCUACUCUUGACAGUCACAGUGUCUUCCAGAGAUUCCUUGGCUGCAAUGGGCACAUAUAGGCCAACGUCCAUCACCCCGAAGACGUCACUAUUUCCUGUCUUCACCUCGUCACUGGACUUUCUGAGGACAGCGAAAACAGCUGACGAUACCUGACACGAGGAUCGAAAUAGACACCACAAUGAAGCGUACUCAUGUUCUUUACGUUCUGUCUAAAGAACCGUACCGCUGUUAUUGGAGCACACUGUGGAAGUAAAGUCAAUUGAUAUGGUUUAAUAUUAAGCAUCGUCCAUACAGUAUGUGAGAUACGUUCGGUCCAAAUUGGAGCCAUUGUAACGAAAUGAAUUUAAUCCUUCAAGUUGUAUUUUGUAAUGUAGCGGACUGAUGUUUGAUGGCUUGUGAAUCUGACAAGGUGUUGUUGUUGUUUAUUGUUUGUUUAGCUCGCUUUCUUAAUUUCUUUUAAAGGAUAUUCCUUCAGCACAGCGUGUUUUCCACUUCCACAGGGUAUUUUAUGCUAAUUCACUCCAUCAGAGUGAAGUAAAAAAACAACAUCCAUAGUAUUCAGCCCAUUAUAUCACUUUUU